GGAGAUUCCCGGAGGAGGUGGGGGGCGGGCAGUAGGGGCUGAGCCGGGCUUUGGCUUCAGGGCCGCGCCACCCCGCGUGGUGGCCCAGCCCUAAUCCGAGCUGGAGGCGGCAUCUCCCCUGGGACCACGAGGAGCGCGGCAGUGGUGCACCGAUGGGAGGGGACCAUACGGCAACCUCAGGGCGCCCCACCCCAGGCUCCUGACAACCGGAGGGAGCUCGGGCGGAGGAGGGGAGGCAGCUUGGCGAUGCCGGCGAUGCCGGGGCCCCCGCGCUAACCCCGAGGACUCGUGCCCCCGCCGCCCGGGCGCCCUGGGAGGCGCGCGCCGGGCUGGGGCGCUGGCAGGCGACGCCCUCCGCCUCCUUUAAAGCCUGGGGCGCACCCGGGUCCCCCCCCCCGGCCCCACCCCGUGGCGCGGCCCCGCCCCCUCAUGCAUAUGCAGGUGCGCGGGUGACGAAUGGGCGAGCGAGCUGUCAGUCUCUUUCCGAACUUGUUGGCUGCGGUGCGGGGAGCGCGGGCGCGCAGAGCCGAGGCCGGGAACCUCUGCCUUCGCCGUCGCCGGGUGGGAGCCGGGCCGGGCCGCCAGAGCGCGGCCGCCAGCUAGCCGGAGCCGCCGCCCCUGCACGCCCGCCUUCCAGGCCCGCGCGCCGCGGCGCUGCGCUCGACCCCGCCCGCGCCGCCGCUGCCGCUGCCGCUGCCUCUGCCUCUGCCUCUGCGGGCGCUGGGAGGUCGGCGCGGCGGCCGGGAUCCGGGCGCGGGCGGCGGCGGCGGCGGCGGCGGCGGCGGGGCCGGGCGGGCGGGUCGCGGGGGCAAUGCGGGCGCAGGGCCGGGGGCGCUUGCCCCGGCGGCUGCUGCUGGUGCUGGCGCUCUGGGUGCAGGCGGCGCGGCCCAUGGGCUAUUUCGAGCUGCAGCUGAGCGCGCUGCGGAACGUGAACGGGGAGCUGCUGAGCGGCGCCUGCUGUGACGGGGACGGCCGGACAACGCGCGCGGGGGGCUGCGGCCACGACGAGUGCGACACGUACGUGCGCGUGUGCCUUAAGGAGUACCAGGCCAAGGUGACGCCCACGGGGCCCUGCAACUACGGCCACGGCGCCACGCCUGUGCUGGGCGGCAACUCCUUCUACCUGCAGCCGGCCGGCGCUGCGGGGGACCGGGCGCGGGCGCGGGCUCGGGCUGGCGGCGACCAGGACCCGGGCCUCGUCGUCAUCCCCUUCCAGUUCGCCUGGCCGCGCUCCUUCACCCUCAUCGUGGAGGCCUGGGACUGGGACAACGACACCACCCCGAAUGAGGAGCUGCUGAUCGAGCGGGUGUCCCACGCCGGCAUGAUCAACCCUGAGGACCGCUGGAAGAGCCUGCACUUCAGCGGCCACGUGGCGCACCUGGAGCUGCAGAUCCGCGUGCGCUGUGACGAGAACUACUACAGCACCACCUGUAACAAGUUCUGCCGGCCCCGCAAUGACUUCUUCGGCCACUACACCUGCGACCAGUACGGCAACAAGGCCUGCAUGGACGGCUGGAUGGGCAGGGAGUGCAAGGAAGCCGUGUGUAAACAAGGGUGUAAUUUGCUCCAUGGAGGAUGCAGCGUGCCUGGGGAGUGCAGGUGCAGCUACGGCUGGCAAGGGAGGUUCUGCGACGAGUGUGUGCCCUACCCCGGCUGCGUGCACGGCAGCUGCGUGGAGCCCUGGCAGUGCAGCUGCGAGACCAACUGGGGCGGCCUGCUCUGUGACAAAGACCUGAACUACUGUGGCAACCACCACCCCUGCACGAACGGAGGCACGUGCAUCAAUGCUGAGCCCGACCAGUACCGCUGCACCUGCCCCGACGGCUACUCAGGGAGGAACUGUGAGAAGGCUGAGCACGCCUGCGCCUCUAACCCAUGUGCCAACGGGGGCUCUUGCCAUGAGGUGCCGUCUGGCUUUGAAUGCCACUGCCCAUCAGGCUGGAGCGGGCCCACCUGUGCCCUUGACAUUGAUGAGUGUGCCUCGAACCCAUGUGCAGCUGGUGGCACCUGUGUGGACCAGGUGGAUGGCUUCGAGUGCAUCUGCCCCGAGCAGUGGGUGGGGGCCACCUGCCAGCUGGACGCCAAUGAGUGUGAAGGGAAGCCGUGCCUUAAUGCUUUUUCUUGCAAAAACCUGAUUGGCGGCUAUUACUGUGAUUGCAUACCGGGCUGGAAAGGCGUCAACUGCCACAUCAACGUCAACGACUGUCGAGGGCAGUGUCAGCACGGGGGCACCUGCAAGGACCUAGUGAACGGGUACCAGUGCGUGUGCCCACGGGGAUUUGGAGGCCGGCACUGCGAGCUGGAGCGAGAUGAGUGUGCCAGCAGCCCUUGCCACAGCGGCGGCCUCUGCGAGGACCUGGCCGACGGCUUCCGCUGCCACUGCCCCAAGGGCUUCUCCGGGCCUCUCUGCGAGGUGGAUGUCGACCUUUGUGAGCCGAGCCCCUGCCGGAACGGUGCCCGCUGCUAUAACCUGGAGGGUGACUAUUACUGCGCCUGCCCCGACGACUUUGGCGGCAAGAACUGCUCUGUGCCCCGGGAGCCGUGCCCCAGCGGGGCCUGCAGAGUGAUCGACGGCUGCGGGUUGGACACGGGGCCCGGGGCACCUAGUGCAGCAGCCUCCGGCGUGUGCGGCCCCCAUGGACGCUGCAUCAGUCAGCCAGCGGGCAACUUCUCCUGCGUGUGUGACAGCGGCUUUACUGGCACCUACUGCCAUGAGAACAUCGAUGACUGCCUGGGCCAGCCCUGCCGCAACGGGGGCACGUGCAUCGACGAGGUGGACGCCUUCCGCUGCUUCUGCCCCAGUGGCUGGGAGGGCGAGCUCUGCGACAUCAAUCCCAACGACUGCCUUCCCGAUCCCUGCCACAGCCGCGGCCGCUGCUACGACCUGGUCAACGACUUCUACUGCGCGUGUGACGACGGCUGGAAGGGCAAGACCUGCCACUCACGCGAGUUCCAGUGCGACCCCUACACCUGCAGCAACGGUGGGACCUGCUAUGACAGCGGCGACAGCUUCCGCUGUGCCUGCCCCCCUGGCUGGACAGGCAGCACCUGCACCGUGGCCAAGAACAGCAGCUGCCUGCCCAACCCCUGUGUGAACGGGGGCACCUGUGUGGGCAGCGGGGCCUCCUUCUCCUGCAUCUGCCGGGAUGGCUGGGAGGGCCGCACUUGCACCCACAAUACCAACGACUGCAACCCUCUGCCUUGCUACAAUGGUGGCAUCUGUGUUGACGGGGUCAACUGGUUCCGCUGCGAGUGUGCACCCGGCUUCGCGGGGCCCGACUGUCGCAUCAACAUUGAUGAGUGCCAGUCCUCACCCUGCGCCUACGGGGCCACGUGUGUGGAUGAGAUCAACGGGUAUCGCUGCAGCUGCCCGCCCGGCCGAGCCGGCCCCCGGUGCCAGGAAGUGAUCGGGUUCGGGAGGUCCUGCUGGUCCCAGGGCACUCCGUUCCCACACGGAAGCUCCUGGGUGGAAGAGUGUAACAGCUGCCGCUGCCUGGAUGGCCGCCGUGACUGCAGCAAGGUGUGGUGUGGGUGGAAGCCUUGUCUGCUGUCCGGCCAGCCCGAGGCCCUGAGUGCCCAGUGCCCGCUGGGACAGAGGUGCCUAGAGAAGGCCCCAGGCCAAUGUCUGCGUCCACCCUGUGAGGCCUGGGGGGAGUGUGGCACAGAAGAGCCGCCGAGCACCCCUUGCCUACCUCGCUCCAGCCACCUGGACAAUAACUGCGCCCGCCUCACCUUGCGCUUCAGUCGUGACCAUGUGCCGCAGGGCACCACGGUGGGCGCCAUUUGCUCUGGGAUCCGCUCUCUGCCAGCCACGAGGGCUGUGGCGCGGGACCGCCUGCUAGUGCUUCUCUGUGACCGGGCGUCCUCGGAGGCCAGCGCCGUGGAGGUGGCUGUGUCCUUCAGCCCUGCCAGGGACCUGCCUGACAGCAGCCUUAUCCAGGGUGCAGCCCACGCCAUCGUGGCCGCCAUCACCCAGCGGGGGAACAGCUCGCUUCUCCUGGCCGUCACCGAGGUCAAGGUGGAGACACUUGUCGUGGGAGGCUCUUCCACAGGUCUGCUGGUGCCCAUGCUAUGUGGAGCCUUCAGCAUGCUGUGGCUGGCAUGCGUGGUUCUGUGCGUGUGGUGGACACGCAAACGCAGGAAAGAGCGAGAGAGGAGCCGGCUGCCGCGGGAGGAGGGCAUCAACAACCAGUGGGCCCCACUCAACCCCAUCCGCAACCCCAUCGAGCGGCCAGCGGGCGGCCCCUGGGGCGGCGGGGGCCACAAGGACGUGCUCUACCAGUGCAAGAACUUCACGCCGCCACUGCACAGGGCGGACGACACGCUGCCUGGGCCAGCCAGUCAUGCGGGCGUCAGGGAGGACGAGGAGGAUGAGGACCUGGGCCGUGGUGAGGAGGACUCCCUGGAAGCGGAGAAAUUCCUCUCGCACAAAUUCACCAAAGAUCCUGGCCACUCGCCGGGGAGGCCGGCCCGCCGGUCCGCGGGCCCCAAAGUGGACAACCGUGCGGUCAGGAGCAUCAAUGAGACUCGCUACGCCGGCAGGGAGUAGGGGCGGCCACCAGCUGGGCCGGGACCGACACCCUCGUGGGAGCCACGCCACCUGCCAGACCUGGAGGCCAAGGCCAUGUGCAUAGUUUCUUUAUUUUGUGUAAAAAACCACCAAAAACAAAAAACAAAUGUUUAUUUUCUACCUUUCUUUAACCUUGUAUAAAUUAUUCAGUAGCUGUCAGGCAGAAGACAAUGGGGAAUUCUCGGAUAGUUGCUAUUUUUGUAAAGUUCCCGCGCAUGGCACUCGCUGUGUGGCAGGAGAGAGAAAGGGUGUCUGCGUCCUCACCAAAUCGCGUAGCGUUUGUUACCAGAGGUUGUGCACUGUUUACAGAAUCUUCCUUUUAUUCCUCACUUGGGUUUCUCUGUGGCUCCAGGCCGAAGUGCCAUUGAGACCCAUGGCUGUGUUGCUGUGGCCUGUGGCUGUCAGUGGAACCCAUGGCUGAUGGUGUGGCCUGUGGCUGUUGGGACCCGUGGCUGAUGGUGUGGCCCAUGGCUCUCAGUGGGACUUGUGGCUGUCAAUGGGACCUGUGGCUGUCAGUGGGACUUACGUGGUCGGUGGGACCCUGGUUAUUGAUGCGGCCCUGGCUGCCAGUACGGCCUGUGGCUGUUGGCAGCACCUGUGGUUGUCAGUGGGGCUUGAGGUCAUCGGCGUGGCCUGAGGCCAGUGGGUCAAUCUUGCGCUUGUUAGCCAGCCCCAUCCCGCUGGCCGUCCGUGCUUCCUCCUGCCCGGAACACCCGCUCCAACGAUCUCUCCACUGUGCUUUCAGAAGUGCCCUUCCUGCUGCGCAGUUCUCCCCUCCUGGGACGGCGGCAGUACUGAAGCUCAUGACAAGUGCCUUCACAUAGACCCCUUGCAACUGUCCAUGUGUGCCGUGGCACCAGGUGCUGCCCCUUGCCGGCCCCGGCUGCCCCUCCUGGUGAAAGUGCAUUUUUGUAAAUGUGUACAUAUUAAAGGAAGCACUCUGUAUAUUUGAUUUAAUAACUUCAA